GCCCGUCCCCACCCGCCCGCCGGGCCGCCCGCGCCGCUGCCCCGCAGCCCCGAGCCAGCGCGUCCCGGCGGCUGCGGCGGCAGGGGCGGAUCAGCGCGGCCCCGAGCCCAAAGGCUCCUCCUCGGCUCCCGGCUCCGCAGCCACCUGUGCGCGGCCCGGGCGGGGCGGGGCCGAGCCGAGCCCGGGUCCCUCCUCUGCCGGUGCCGGCGGACGGGACGGGGACAGGCUUCGCUGGCGCGGCGCGGCCGCGGCGGGACCCGGCUGAGGGAGAGCCCGGCCGGGGGAGCGGCGGCACCGGCAGGUGCCGGGCCGAGGGCGGCGCGUCCCGGCGGGGCAGCGCUCACGGGCAUGGACAAGCUCAACAAGCUGACGGUGCCGGCCGGGGAGAAGUUCAGGAAGCUUCAAAAGAUGGUGCAUGACAUCAAGAAAAAUGAAAGUGGGAUAAUAAACAAGUUCAAAAAGUUCCAAAAUGAACAAGUGGCCUUAAUUUGCAAAACUGGGAAAGAUACUUGGGAUCGGCUUAAAAAAAAGCCACCACCAAGUCUACCACGAAGAGAUUAUGCUUCAGAACACGCAGACAAUGAAGAGGAACAAUGGUCAGAUGAUUUUGACAGUGAUUAUGAAAAUCCAGAUGACCACUCUGACUCUGAGAUGUAUGUGGUCCCCAGUGAAGAGAAUCCUGAUGACAGCUAUGAGCCACCUCCAAGUGAGAAGGAGAAAAAGAAGAUUCCCUCUGCAUUCCCUAUUUCUAGGGGUGAAUAUGCAGACAAUCGCACCAGUCACCAGCAGCUUCCUCCUAUCAACAAACCUCUCCCAAAUACACCCAGUCCAGCCAUGUCCAGACCAAAGAAACCAUGUGUGCCAUCCAUGCCGUUGCCAUCUCCUGCUGCAAAACCAAAAGUGCCACCAAAGCCUAAGGAGUGCAGUGAUGAUGAGGAUAACUACAUUGUGCCAGUGGACAAUGAUGAUGAUAACUAUAUUGAACCCACAGAAAGCAGCAUGUCACUUCCUACAAGAUCACCUGUGAACAGAUUUAUGAAGACAACAAAGCCAGCCCCCCCUAUUUCUCCAAAGCCUUCUCUUACUUCUAAUAUGCAAGAAGUCUAUGAGGUUCCUGAAGAAGAGGAAAAACCAUCACCACCACCACCAGUAGCCAGGUUCACCAAGCCACUCAUGUUUAUGCCUGCUCAGAAUACAGAGCAAUCCCAUAUGCACAGCAUGACCAGAGAGUCCCCAAAGCAGGAUACUUCCAGAAAUAUUUUGCCUCUCCCCAGAAGUCGUCUUCAUCCAAAACCAGACCAUGAAGCAAACAACAAUGAUGAAAGUCAGAGGUUCAAUAACACACAAGAAUCCAGAUUUCCCACCGGAGCAACUCCAUCUCCAUUACCAAGGGGCCUCAAGAAAACUUCUAAUGCAGUAACUUCACCAAAACCGUGUUUACCUUCCAGAGAGAACUUGACUGCAAAUGAAGAAAAACCUACGGCACCAGAACGACGGCGCAGUUCCAACCAGGAACUGCCACUUCCCCCACUUCCAAGUGGUGCCCAAAAGCCUAUGCUCCAAAAGUCCUCAAUUCUGCCAAGACCUUGUGUUCUGUGGAAUCAGACAAAAAGCCCUGCAGAUGCUCAAGUCACUUUUUCCACUUUAGAAGUGCCAGAAGCUGCAAACCGUUCUUUGGGUGCUUCCCCUCCCAGGAGCACUUCAUCUAUUUCAAAUUCUGCAGACCAGGAUGCUGGUGUUCACAGUAAAGCAUGGUAUGCUGCUGCCUGUGAUAGAAAAAUGGCAGAAGAUGCACUGUACCGAUCCAACAAGGAUGGAUCUUUUCUAAUAAGGAAGAGUUCUGGACAGGAUUCCCAGCAACCAUAUACACUGGUUGUGUUUUACAACAGAAGAGUGUACAACAUUCCUAUACGAUUUAUUGAAUCAACAAGGCAAUAUGCACUGGGCAGAGAAAAAAGUGGUGAAGAGCGCUUUGACAGUGUUGCUGAAAUAGUAGAGAAUCAUCAGCGCACCUCCCUGGUUCUAAUUGACAGCCAAAACAACACAAAAGACUCAACAAAACUGAAACAUAUUGUUCGAGUUUCUUAAUCAAACUGAACUGCUAAAAUGAAGACCUCUUUAAUAAUUUCUUUCAACCUGGACAAGGUAUUAAAAGAAGAAAAUUCAAAAUUAUGGGAAACUCUUAAAGAGCACCUACAGAGUAGUAAGAAAUGCAUUUCAUAGAGUUCAACCCUACGUCCCUUUUACCAGGAAAGUGUUCACAUUUUUUAACACAUGAAGCCAAAGCAGAUACACUGGCAUCGGUGACAACAGUGGGUAUCCAAGGUCAUGGGAAGAACAACUGCAUACCACAGCCUGGUCCUCUGACUGUUAUUUGAAGAUAGAUUUCUUGGAGGACAUUUUUGCUUUAAAAAUGAGACUACCCACAGUGAUCAACUCUUUCCAUUUAUGUUCACCACAUAUCGCUGCUUUCAGCAAUUUCUUUGUAAAGUGCACAGCCUCAGUUAGAGCUGUUAAAGUUAGAGCAACUUAACCUAAUGUACCAUUGUGCACAAGUUGAAAAUAGGACUGUACUUUGUGAUUAGUGGCAAUAAAUCCACCUGAAUGUUUUAGAUAUAUGGACAUCUGUUGUACCUUCCCUCAGAUUCACUCUGUUUCACUGAUAUUUUUGUUUCUAUUUCCAAAUGUACAAAUAAAAUCUAAUACUGUAAACUCAGUAGUGUAUGUGGACUGCUGGCCUGCAUUCCUUGGCACCCUUCCAGUAAGAAAGCAUCAAUUCACUAGCAUUGAUGUUUUAAUGUAUAUGUUUGUAUGUCCUUCACAAUUUGUUAUGAAUGCUAUCACUUUUUACAGCUUUAUCUCAUAUAUAUAUACACACACAUAUAAUUUGGCUUAAUGACUUUCAAAUCUUUUGUCUUCAAAUUGCCUGCUGUUGGUGACCCAGGUGCACUGCAUCAUUGCUAAACCAAUUAACCACACAGUUACUGCUGAAUUACUGUUUAUGGAGACACACAGAAAAAAAAAACCCUCAUUUUUAUAUGUGAUAGCCUGUUCUAUCACACUGGUUUACUUAAUGUAUUAUUG